AGGAAGUGCACAAAACAGCAUUCCAUUUGUUCGUUGUCAAAGACGAAGAAUCAAGAAUCAAAUGAAGAAUCAAAUCACAGCUGGAGUGAGUUUCUGUCUGAAGGAUUGAUUCUGUGGUUGGUUGGAAGUCUGUGAAGUGAGACGAGUGCGUGGACAUGGCUACUGAUGCUGAUGCUGCUGCUGCUGCUGCUGCCGCCGCUGCAAACCUCAGAUCUGAAGAACAUUACUUGUGCUCCAUCUGCCUGGAUGUGUUCAGAGAUCCAGUCUCUACACCGUGUGGCCACAACUUCUGUAAACGCUGCAUCACUAAACACUGGAAUACUAACGUGAUGUUCAAUUGUCCCAUGUGUAAGGAGGUGUUCAGCACGAGACCCCAGCUGAAGGUCAACACUUUCAUCUCUGAGAUGGUUGUUCAGUUCAGAAAUGAAAGCCAACAAGUUUCCAAAGUACCACAAGAGGUUCUCUGUGAUGCCUGCACUGGAGCCAAGGUUAAGGCUCUGAAGUCCUGCCUGGUGUGUCUCACCUCCUACUGUGAGUCUCACCUGGAGCCUCACCUGACAGCACCUCGUCUGAAGAAACAUCAGCUCAUCGAACCCGUGGGGACGCUGGAAGAUAAGAUGUGCACAACACACGAAAAACCUCUGGAGCUGUUCUGUAAGACCGACCAGACGUGCAUCUGCUCGCUCUGUCCUGUUUUAAAUCACAAGGCUCACGAGUUUGUUCCUCUGGAGGAGGAAUAUGAAGGAAAGAAGGAAGAGCUGAAGCUAACUGAGGCCGCCAUUCAGACCAUGAUCCAGGAGAGAUGGACUAAGAUUGAGGACAUCAAACGCUCCGUGAAGAUGACUCAGGAUGAGGCGACCAAAGAGAAAGCAGAAGGUGUUCAGGUCUUCACUGCUCUGAAGGAGUACGUGGACAGAGGCCUGAACGAGCUCAUCCGGGAAAUUGAGGAAAAACAGCAGGCAGCAGAGGAACGGGCUGAGGAUAACGUCAAAAGACUGGAAGAUGAAAUCUGUGAGCUGAAGAAGCGGGGCACUGAGGUUGAGCAGCUGUCGCUCUCUGAAGACCACCUCCACCUCCUACAGAACUUCCCAUCCUUUAAAGAUGCUCCUUCUACCGAGGACUGGACAGAGGUUCGGGUCCCUCCACCAUCGUACGAGGGCACGGUGAUGAGAGCGAUGGCUCGGCUGGAGGAGACUCUCAGAAAGCAGAUGAAAGCACUGAAGGAGUCAGGGCUUAGGCAUGUUCAAGGGUUCGCGGUGGAUCUGACCUUUGAUCCCGACACGGCAAAUCCUGCCCUUAUUUUGUCGGAUGAUGGGAAACAAGUUUACUGUGGUGAUAUAAAGAAGAAACUUCCAGACAACCCAGAGAGGUUUUCUCCAUGUGUCUAUGUCUUGGGAAAGCAGAGUUUUUCCUCAGGUAAAUUCUACUUUGAGGUUCAGGUUAAAGGAAAAACGGCCUGGGAUCUGGGCGUGGCCAGGGAGUCCAUCAACAGGAAGGGAAACAUAACUCUUCGACCUCAGGCAGGUUCGUGGACCAUCAGGUUGAUAAAUGGAAUUGAGUACAUUGCUCUUUCCAGUCCCUCCGUCCGCCUCUCUCUGACCUCUCCUCUUGAGAAGGUCGGGGUGUUUGUGGAUUAUGAAGAGGGUCUGGUCUCUUUUUAUGACGUCAACUCUGCAGCUCUGUUCUAUUCCUUUACUGGUUGCUCUUUUGCUAACAAACUCCGCCCUUUCUUCAGUCCCUGUAAUAAGGACGGUGGCAAAAACGCAGCGCCUUUAGUCAUCUGUCCUGUCAAUCAAGCUACUGAUCUUUGAAGUAAUCAACCAACAAUGUUGGGAUCUGGUCUGGUUGGUUUAGUCAAAUGUGGUUUCUUGCAUCAGAAUUGUCAGGUUGCUACACGGUUAAAUUAUGUGUAAGUAGUCCUUUAACAUUUAAGUAUCACUGUGUAAGAAAGAACAGACACGUACUUUAAAUACUUGUGUCAUAAAUCUUUGUAGUCUUCAGUAAAAAAAAGAAUUUGUCAUAUGGGCUGUGGGCUGCAACGGGAGUUUGGUUCAGGGUGAAAAGAAAGUGUGUAUUUUCCUAAUUGGUACUAGUAUUCUGGGUCAGCUGGCAUUAAAAUGAACAUUUAAUAAAUCAACUUCUUUGUUCUGUGGUUUGUAUUUCCUUUAUUCAUUGUUACUUAUUUAUGCUCUCUCUCCAACAUGAGAAUCUUGUUGUGAAAUUAAAGUUGUUGUUUUUUUUUGUGUUUUUUUUUGAGCUCUUAUUGAGGUUGGAGUUAAGUAGUUCCUUUGUGGUAUUGAGGGAAACAUUAGUAAGUCCAAAGUUACAAAAACAUACACCUGAGCCUGUGAUGAAGUCGGCAGUUGAUCAACAUCAACAAGUAUUUUACAAUUUCUAUGGACUUAGUUGUAGGUGAGUAAAUGAAUUCCACUGUCUUAAUGCCCGUGCUGGGAACAUACAUGUUUUUCAACCUGUACAAGACUCAAGAUUUUGUUGUUGUGAACUCCUUAGGUCUGGUAUUAGGUAAAGCUUCAUUAGAAAACAGUAUGGAAUCAACACACCUGGGAAUGAUUGUGCCUUUAAGAUUUUUCCAGAACAAUUAUUAAAGGUGUGGCAGACAAACUAGACUCGCAAGUCAGCACCUUCACUUAUGAAUGUCAUAAAUGAAUGUCACAUCCACGUGAGUGUAACCUCAGGUAAUCUUUACUGGGUCCCAAGGAUAAAGGUGUGUUACUUAGCAUGUCGAUCUUGGUAAUCUCCACUACAGUGCCCCCUGGAGGGUGUGACCUGGACUAUGGACGAAAGCCUUGGGUCUUGAUAAAAGGAGAGGGUUACAGACAGGCGAUAAAUAGUAUUAGAUUCUAACACAAAACAGGAUAAUAAUAAACUAGCUUAACAAAACUUUUAUAAAAAAAUGAGUAGAAGUUUCACCAAAAGUUUAAUAUAAUUCAAUCGAAAAAACAUAAUUUGCUCGGAAAUAAUUCGGGGGACCUAAAAAAUGAUGCACCAUUUGGAAACCAGCGCCAACACGAGAUUUCCGGUUUUUAAAGAAAAGUUUUUUGCGAGAGCGUACUUAAAUGGGCACAACGGUUGACAGAUAUGGGUAAGUGUCAGCGAAAUUAACUUGAACAUUUCCACAUGAUACACAUGAAAGUUCCCAACUGUGAGUAAUGUAAAACUGAGUUCGUUGUUUUAGAGACUAAAAUGGCUGAAUGAAGUUCAUACAGAGACGGUGCAGUUGAGUGUGCGGUUCCCAUAAAAUGGCGCCAUUUAGUAAAAGCGACCUCUACGAGAUGGAAACAACAAAAUGUUUUAAUUUAACUUCGGUCAAGAGAGAGAGAGAUCAUCAAAACCCCCAAAACCUAUAAUAAACCUAGACGCAGAUGCGAUUUGUCAAACAAACGGCUAAAUGUUUGGCGAAAACAGUUAAUACUCGCUCCAGAUAAUAAAAAGUUGUUUGGAACCUGGGAAAUAAUAGUUAGCUGCAAUAUCUCUUGAAACAAUACUAAAAAAAGGUUGACAAAACGGAACGAUUUUAAAAUCAUCAAUUAAAUUACUAAACUAAAAAAAGAAACUCAAGAUAGAAACCCCCAAUUCUUUCCAAAGGUUAGCAAAACAAAAACAAAUUUGGUUUAAAAAAAGACCAGGUAUACAGCUCACAACAGCUCUAAAUACAUUAAAAAACUGUACGUAAGUAGUCAAAAAACACGUAAAAACCAAAAAAUGUAU